AUGCGCCGCCAGGUGACCGCGCGCCGCCGCCUCACUGCCACACAUGCCUCGCUACUUGCUGCCAUCUACGACACUACCUUUGACAUAAGGACCCACGUUCAAGUUAAUUACAGUCAAAAUAAAUUGUGUAUUGCUACAGCUGUAGGUACUGUCUACAACGGUGAGGGUAAUUUACCAGUAUCUACUCAUCCCAUAUUACUCUAUUGUCAUGCUCAUGAGUUGCUCAUGAACACGAAGUCAGUCUUCAUCUAUGGUACUAUGUCAGACGAUGUACCCACGGUGGCUCUGACAACUGCACCCCGGAGGCUCACGCUCCUAUCUAUUAACUAG